CAAAAUAUGAGUAAACCUCGCACAAAUAAUGUCAGUGCAACUCAUGAAAAUCAAAGACGAGUUAACGGAGUUGAUAUUCAUGAAAGUAUUGAGACGUUGAUACCAUUUACGGAUUCAAUAAAAGUCAAAAUUCAAGAGUUCCGAACACAAUUUAAAGAAACAUAUAAACAAUAUUUGAAUUUGAUUGAAAAUCCCCAAAGUCGAUCUCGAAAUCAAUCAUCAAUACGGUCUGGAAAUCAAAUUGCUACACUGGCAAAGAGCAGAAAUGAAUUCGGGCGAAAAGUUCAAUACCCGUCAUUUCAUAAGGUUAGCAGAAUCUAUGACACAACAAUGAAAUCAUUAGGCGAUUUUAUGACAACAUUUACAGAAGAUUCCAGAGAUUUAUAUUCAAUAGCUAUUAAGAUAAGUUCAUUACAACAGGAAUUUGAUAAUUUAGUAACGCGAUAUUAUGACCGUAAAGAUGAUUUAGAAGUUAAUCAGUUGUAUCAAAUAAACAAAAAGAUUGACAGUAUUAUUGAAAAUCACAAUAAGUUAGUUAUUACGUACAAUGCAGGAAUCGAGCAUUUCAAUGCAUUAAGACAUAAUUUAAGUAACGGUAUACUUAUUUAUGAAUCGACAACAGGAAAGAAUUUCGUGUUGUCACGAGAUGAUGAUCUAGAAGAGUUCCGACGUUUGGUUGAGAUCGAUGAAGUUUUGCAAAAACGCAGCACAAUAUACGCCACAUUUGCCAGCAGAUUCAAAGACGAUCUACAACAUUCUGCUGACAGUACUGUAUUAAUGCCUGUCAGGCCGUUAAAGAAGGACAAUUGGAUUCUACAAUCUCUAGAAGAACAAAAUAAUGAUGCUUCUGAACAGCAUACUCAGAAUCGUGAAAACCCUGGGCCAUUCAAUCAAGAAUACCAAACAUCUCGACAAAAUAUCGAAUUCGAUGAUGUUCCGGAACAUCACAUGGAUGCUUCUGUACCUAACGUUGAACCUAGUAUCAAUAUUCAGCAAACUUAUCAAGAGCCAAUCGUUACUUCACCUCCAACGCUAAACGCUCAGUCAAAUUAUGAACCCCCUCUACCGAGAAUUCACCAUCGUCAGCAUCAUGAAGAACCUACAUCAUCGAAACCAGUGGAACAAAUGCCAAGUUCUAGUCCCAAUAUUGUAAAAGCUUUCCAUCAUCCUAUGAAGGAGACAACGACCAUUAACUUUGUUGCAGAUAAAAAUCGUGAUGAUUCUCAGCAAGAUCAUCCGCAUACCCAGAAUUAUAAUAAUCCUGGAACAUCUAAUCAAGUAGACCAGCCAUCCCAACAAAAUACCAAAAUCGAAGAAGCCACUGACGUUCACCGGGGUGUACGUAAUGUUCAACAUAUCGAUACCUCACCUCCAAUGCCAAGCACUCGGUCAAAUUAUAAACCACCUCCAUCGACGAUUCACCAACGUCAGCAUUCUGAAGAAGCUGCGUUAUCGAAACCAAAAGAUAAACCACCGAAACAAAUGCCUAGUUCGAGUCCAAAUAUCGAAAAAGAUUCUCAAUACUCUAAGAUGGAGACACCGGCUAUCAAAGAUAAUGAACAAGCUUCACCAGUAUCAAUAGUUUCAAUACAUCCACCAAUAAAAACUGGCAAUCGAAUUAUUAUACCUGCUGAACCCCCUGCUUCUGAAUCUGAAGCUGUUCUAAAACUUACUAAUAAUCCAGAACUCUCAAUAUUUUUAGUGCCAUCAACUCGAGCGCCAGUAUCUCGAUUUAAACCCUAUCAAAAUCUGAGACGCAGUUUACAACUACGAAAACCUGCCUCGCGAUCAGUGAAACAGCCAAUAUCGAGUACCGUACUUCAUUCGAAAACAAUAGGCGGUGCUGCAAAUCCAUUACCACCUGUAAAUUUGAAGACUCAACCUGUUACAAAUGUCAACCGAGAAUCUGCUUAUCCAACGAUUAAGGAUAUUCUAGCCCGAACGGACAUACCACUCGUACCAGUGAGCAGAAGUUUACCUAAACAAGAUCACAAUGCCCCAUCAAUAAGCAGAAAGAUACCGUCACCGCUUGAUCGCAGCGUUAAGUCACACUCAGAUAUCGAAGCAACUAAAAAUACACAACCGACACCGAUCCGUGACUUUGAUGUCAAUCAGUCAAAUAUAAAUCCAAGUCCGACCGUUGAUGAAAACAUCAAUGUAGGCUAUGAUCAGCAAAAAUCAACACAGUCCGAAAACUCUGAGCCAACUGGCCCGCAUGAGGAACCCAAUAAUGAAAAAUCGAAGCUUAAAUCCGAAAGUGAACUAUCUUUUGAUGAACUGUCUAAUCAAUCUAUGGAUAUUGAGCAAUCGUCCCGCGAACCUCUGAUUAUCAACGAAAAUUCUAAUUUGAAAGCUCAACAAAAUAAUAAUGAACCAAAUCAAAAAGAAGAAUCGGAAUUAUCAGAACAAACUAUUGAUAUAACUGAUGACUCCGAUGAAAAUAUAAUUACAAUACAAGAAUCUACAAAUCUCGAUAAAAGUAAUGACUCGCGAGAAACCGAAGCUACCGAGGAAGCAAAUUUGCCUAAAAACCUUAAAAAUAUUUUAGGUAAAGAGAUGAUAACAACAUCUGAAAUUAAUCACCUUAAGAAAUUUCUUCCGAUUUUCAAGGAAUUUCAGAACCGCCAUUCUCAUCAACUGCGUGAGGUUCAAAGUAUUUGUGAUGACAAAAUCAUAAUGAAAGGAAUUGAAGGUAGCGAUCAUGAGGGCUUAGGGAUGGAAAUACAGAAACUUGAAAAAAGAAGUUUUGAACUAAGACGGAAGAUAAAAUAUAUUGGAAAAAUAGUGCGUGAUAUAACUGAAAAAAUUAAUAAAUCGGAGGUAAAAGAAGAAUCGAACUUAUCAGAAAAAAAUAUUGAUCUAACUGAUGACUCCAAUGAAAAUACAAUUACAAUGCAAAAAUUUACAAAUAUUGAUAAAAGUAAUGAUUCACAAAAAACCGACUCUAGGGAGGAUUAUUAUUCGACUCAAAAGCUUACAAAUAUUCUACGUAAAGAUGAGAUAACAGAAUCUGAUAUUGAGUUUCUUAAAAAAUUACUUCAGAAAAUCGAAAAAUUACAAAACCAUUAUUCUAAUCAACUGGAUGAAGUUCAAAAAAAUUAUGACAAAAUCACAAUGGAGACAAAUCAAGGUAGUAAUCAUGAGGGCUUAGAGAUAGAAAUGAAGGAGCUUGAAGGAAAACGUCAAAAACUAAAAAAAGAGAUAGCAACUGCUGCAAAAUUAUUGGAUAGAAUUACAAAUAAAAUUAAUAAAUCAGAGGUAAAUGAAGAAUCAAAUGAUAAUCAGGGGCAAUCACUUGAAAAAAUGUCUGAAAAAAAUGUCACAGUAAUGUCACCACCGAAUAUAGUGACUAACCAAAUAGAAUCCGAUUCUGCUAUUGAAUCGAAUAGUCAAUCCGACGAACAAACCAAUGAAAGCUCGGAUCCUGAACAAUUUCAUAGUCAAGAUAUCACUGUACAACCUGAAGUGCCAGCGAAAGUAAAAAGAAAAUUAUCAAUUGACAAUACUAGCGAAAAAUCAAUCAAUCAACCUGAAAAAUUAUCCACUAAAAUCUCGAAAUCUGACCAGAGUAAAUCAUCUGAUGAUCGAGGUAGGUCCAGAAAAAUUCAAACAGAGACUAGAUCAUCAGCAAAAAUGAAGAGAAAAUUAUCAAUUGACAAUACUAGCGAAGAAUCAAUCAAUCAACCUGAAAAAUUAUCCACUAAAAUCUCGAAAUCUGAUCAGAGUAAAUCAUCUGAUGAUCGAGGUAGGUCCAGAAAAAUUCAAACAGAGACUAGAUCAUCAGCAAAAAUGAAGAGAAAAUUAUCAAUUGACAAUACUAGCGAAGAAUCAAUCAAUCAACCUGAAAAAUUAUCCACUAAAAUCUUGAAAUCUGAUCAGAGUAAAUCAUCUGAUGAUCGAGGUAGGUCCAGAAAAAUUCAAACAGAGACUAGAUCAUCAGCAAAAAUGAAGAGAAAAUUAUCAAUUGACAAUACUAGCGAAGAAUCAAUCAAUCAACCUGAAAAGUUAUACACUAAAAUCUCGAAAUCUGACCAGAAUAAAUCAUCUGAUGAUCGAGGUAGGUCCAGAAAAAUUCAAACAGAGACUAGAUCAUCAGCAAAAGUGAAGAGAAAAUUAUCAAUUGACAAUACUAGCGAAGAAUCAAUCAAUCAACCUGAAAAAUUAUCCACUAAAAUCUCGAAAUCUGACCAGAGUAAAUCAUCUGAUGAUCGAGGUAGGUCCAGAAAAAUUCAAGCAGAGACUAGAUCAUCAGCAAAAGUGAAGAGAAAAUUAUCAAUUGACAAUACUAGCGAAGAAUCGAAGACUGGUUCUAAUACAUCAAAGAAAUCACUAGAGACAACUCGUCAACAGUCAGAACAAUGGUUACAAACAGAAGAAUAUAUCAAUUUAUUAAUAAAAAAGCUCCGAACAGAAACAAAUAAUCCUAAUAUUCAACAAAUUCGUGAAAAUAUGAUUAAAAAAUUACUUUGGGUUAAUACGAAUUUAGUGAAAUUUCUUCAAAGACAUAUAUAUUUAUUAUCAAUUAAAGACAGGAAAAUUAGAACAAUAAAAUCAUUAUGUGAAAAAAUAUUUAAUGAUGUAAUAAUACACGCAACAAACAUUGAAAAUGAAAAGAUCGAUUCUUCUUUUAUUACGCCAUUAGAGAUAGAAUUAAAUAAAACCGAUAAUAAUAAUAAAGAAAAGAAAGUUCAACUUGAAUAUUUACAAAAUAAAUUAAUACUGUCCGAAAUUAGUUAUUACUACUGUUACUAUUUGCUCAAUCAAAAUCGUAGUGAAGUACUUGAAUUUGAAUUAGGUUCCGGUGUGAUAACAAAUGACAAACAAAGUCAAUUUUUCGAGGCUGUUGAACGUAUGAAUAAAAACCUCGAUGUUUUAAAUAAAGAUAUAAUUUUUAAUAAACAAGAUUAUAUCAACUGGAUGAGAAAUAAAAUAAAAAGUCUUAAGGCAGAAUUGAAAUUAGUGGAGAAAGACGAACGCAAAUUAAGAAUAAAUGAUUUGAGAAGUAAAAUAAUAGAAAUUGAUAAUAAUAUAAAUAAUAAAAUUGAUGAAAUUCUUGCUUUAAAAAUAAGAACAUUAGGACCAUUUCAUUCUAUAACGUAUGAAUAUGACAAGAAAUUGAAGAAGUGUGAAACAGAAUUAAAAGACCUUGAAAGUGCGCACAAAAAAGCACUUAGAAAAUAUAUAUCUUCUAAUGAAUGAUAUUUUGUAACUAUUGACUAAUUGAAAAUAU